AUGACAAUACAUUUUCGAUUAUCACUAAAAGCUCCUAAUGAAGGCCAAGAUAAUUUCUUUCUUUGGAGUAUGGUUAUUCUUCCAAUCAUUGCUGAAUGUUCGUACGUUGUUGAUGCUACUUACUACAUUUAUCAUGACGCACCGAUUCAUCGUUAUCAAGGACUAGUUUCGACAAUUCUGGUUGUGUUUACUUAUCUACGCUAUUGUGCACCUAUCGAAUCACGCAAAAUGCUCAUGUGCUUCUAUACUACCUUAUGUCUCUUGAAUGAAACCGGUACUAUUUGUUACAUGUAUAUGUAUAAUUAUCAUGGUGAAAGAUAUUAUGUUGCCAUUUAUUUUGGAUGGCUAUUAGUGGAAUUGUGUACGACAUUGGGUUUGUUGUACUAUCGAGCUUAUCGAAGAUGUCAACCGAAUUUUCAUGUGGAAAGUAAACAUCUGUUUCAUUUUAUUUCACGAUUGGAAGUCAUCCUUGCCAUAUUUAUUCCAUUUUUCGUUCAAAACAUGUCAGUUACGUUAACAAAACAUUCAAUUGCCUUCUUUCUUUUAUUCGACUUUUUCUCCGAGUCAUACGUACGAUUUCAAGGAUUUUGGAUCAAAUCGACUUUAUAUUUAUUCGUAUGUACCGUAACAGUCUGUGUUGCAACGGAAUGGAUGUACUCUAGUGAACAUAGUGGUGUUUUCGAAUAUCUUUCAUCAUCUUUUGAAUUAAUAUCAGCAGUGUUAUGCAACACAUUGAUUAUCUUUCAAUUCAGUCCAUAUCAUUUUAAACCAACUGGUAUUUCUAAAAUAGCUCGCGAAGGUUUAGUCUUUCAUCGAUUAAAUGAAGCUGAAUCACAAUCAAAUCUAAAUUUCGAACCCAUACCAACGAAUGGCAAAUCAGAAGAUACAGUGAUCGAUUUAGUUGCUCUCAACUAA